CUGGUGACGUGAGGAGCGUUCCAUUUGGCCAGCGGUGGGCGGUUGCCACAGCUGGUUUAGGGCCCUGACCAUUGGGGCCCCUUGUCAGGAGGAGGCAGCCUCCGGGCUGGGAGAAGUCGCUGCCACCUCUGGCGGCCGACGCGAUCCCCUGGGACAGUCCACUUCCUGCCCUCAGUUACCGGCCGAGUUCGGUCUCCCGGGUUCAGGCCCGCACCCCUUCCUGGUCUCUCUUCUCCCGCUGGGCUAGUUUAUCAGGAGGAGAUUGUUUUCCAGGGCUAGAAAUUGGACUUUUGAUGAUGUUUGACCCAGCGGCAACAAUAGCAGGCAACGUGAUUUCAAAGCUGGGCUCAACUUCUGUUUCUUCUCUCUUGUAAUCACAAAGCCCAUUUUGGACCAGGAAUUCCAAUCAUGUCUGUGAUGGUGGUGCGAAAGAAGGUGACGCGGAAGUGGGAGAAACUCCCAGGCAGGAACACCUUCUGCUGUGAUGGCCGUGUCAUGAUGGCCCGGCAAAAGGGCAUCUUCUAUUUGACCCUCUUCCUCAUCCUGGGAACAUGUACACUCUUCUUCGCCUUCGAAUGCCGCUACCUGGCUGUCCAGCUGUCUCCUGCCAUCCCUGUGUUUGCUGCCAUGCUCUUCCUUUUCUCCAUGGCUACACUGUUGAGGACCAGCUUCAGUGACCCUGGAGUGAUCCCUCGAGCCCUACCGGAUGAAGCUGCUUUCAUAGAAAUGGAGAUAGAAGCUACCAAUGGUGCAGUGCCCCAGGGCCAGCGACCACCCCCUCGUAUCAAGAAUUUCCAGAUAAACAACCAGAUUGUGAAGCUGAAAUAUUGUUAUACGUGCAAGAUCUUCCGGCCUCCCCGGGCCUCCCAUUGCAGCAUCUGUGACAACUGUGUGGAGCGCUUCGACCAUCACUGCCCCUGGGUGGGGAAUUGUGUUGGAAAGAGGAACUACCGCUACUUCUACCUCUUCAUCCUUUCUCUCUCCCUCCUCACGAUCUAUGUCUUCGCCUUCAACAUCGUCUAUGUGGCCCUCAAAUCCUUGAAAAUUGGCUUCCUGGAGACAUUGAAAGAAACUCCUGGAACUGUUCUAGAAGUACUCAUUUGCUUCUUCACACUCUGGUCCGUCGUGGGACUCACUGGAUUUCAUACUUUCCUUGUGGCUCUCAACCAGACAACCAAUGAAGAUAUCAAAGGCUCAUGGACAGGGAAGAAUCGUGUCCAGAAUCCCUACAGCCAUGGCAACAUUGUGAAGAACUGCUGUGAAGUGUUGUGUGGCCCCUUGCCCCCCAGUGUGCUGGAUCGAAGGGGUAUUUUGCCAUUGGAGGAAAGUGGAAGUCGACCUCCCAGUACUCAAGAGACCAGUAGCAGCCUCUUGCCACAGAGCCCAGUCCCGACAGAACAUCUGAGCUCAAAUGAGAUACCGGAGGACACCAGCACUCCUGAGGAGAUGCCACCUCCAGAGCCCCCAGAGUCACCAGAAGAGGUGACAGAAGCUGAGAAGUAGCCUAUCUAUGGAAGAGACUUUUGUUUGUGUUUAAUUAGGGCUGUGAGAGAUUUAAGGGGAGAAGAUAAACUUGAGACAGAGAGGAAGUAAGCUGUCCCUUUUACUGUUUUUCUUUGGUCUUUAUUCACUCAACUGCACACUGGCAUUUUCUUGCUGCAAGCUUUUUUUAUUUCUGGACUCAAGGCAGUCACAGAAGAUGCCAGUCACCCCUGGUAACUGGACAAAUGGGUCUCUUGGGCCCUGGCACUGGUUUUCCGUGGCCUCAGCCAUGGAGUCUCCUUGGACUCCCCUCUCUUCCCCCCAGACCCCAGACCUCUUCCUUGGUGGGGGGGGUCACUGGUCUAAUUCUGGGAUUAAAGAUUCUUGAGACCGGCUCAAAUCCUUUCAAGCUGCUGCAUGUCAUGAGUCCAGAGACAGUCACAGAGAACUGUGGCUGGGGAAUCCUAACUGGAUUCUUGGGGCCUUCAGAAUUGAAGAGGAUGGAGAGUGGGGUUGGAGGAUUCUCCUGGCUACAAAGUGCCAACAUUGCCAGCAAAUCCUUUCAGGAAUGGAGCAGGUACCUUCCACUUUUGUAUUUAUUCGUGUAGCUUCUCCUUUGUCCCCCAUCCACUCUCUAACACCCAAGCCCCACUCUUUUUCAAUUAGGUAUAUGUAACUAGUUGCAGUAGAGAUAACAAUUUACAUUUCUCGUAGACUACCCAUAAACUUUUUAAUACCUGUGCCAUUCUCAGUAAGAAGUUAUGAGAUGCCAACGGCAUAGCCCCUCACACUCUCUGUCUCAUCUCUCUUCAUUUCUCAUUAGCCCCUUUUAAUUUGUUUUCCUUUUGACUCUUGCUCUCGUUAGGAGCAGGAAUGGCAGUAAUAAAAGUCUGCACUUUGGUGGUUCCUUUUCCUCAGAGGAAACCUGAGUGCUCACUUAAACACUACCCGCGCAGACUCCCUGUGUGAGGCCUACAGAGGUCCUGAAUGCACAAAUGGGGAAACCAAGGCACAGAGAGGCUCUCCUCUCCUCUCCUCUCCCCCUAUGUCCCCUCAAAAAAGAAAAAAAAAAGGAGAACCAGUACUUCCAUUAGGCCUCGGCUGAAAGAGGAGGGAAAGCCCAGCACUGCUGCCCUCCCGGGUAAACCCACUCCAAGGCCUUGGCCCACCUUGGGCUUGGUAACCACACUGGGGCUUCCUCCAAGCCCUCCUCUUCCAGCACUUCCAACGGCAGAGUCCCAGAACCGCUUCACCCUGGGAGUGGGCUGUGGCCUCCAGUCAGCUCUGCUCAGGACCUGCUCUAUUUCAGGGAAGAAGAUUUAUGUAUUAUAUGUGGCUAUAUUUCCUAGAGCACCUGUGUUUUUCUCUUUCUAAGCCAGGGUCCUGUCUGGAUGACUUAUGGGGAGGGGGGAAGUGUAAACCAGAACUUUUAAUCUAUUUGAAGGUGAUUAAACUGUGUCUAAUGCAAA